AUGGAGGGCAAAAAUCUAUCAGCAGCAUCUAGAAAGUCCAAGACAAUCUCCAGCCUAGAUACGCCAUACACACAUGUGCAAUGCCUGCUCAGUCCCAUUGGUGAACACAGGUCGCGGAACGUUGCUUCUUCUAAAGGAAAGCGGGCGAAGAAGAGGAAGAGAGAAGACGAUCCAAUCGUCAAAGACCGACAGGCGGCCUUUUCCAAAGGGCGACUUGCAAGAACGAGUGCUCUUGCACAACCGGAGAUCCAUGACCACUUGACUGUUGGCUUCAACACGACCACCAGAUAUUUGGAACGUUUGGCUCAAAAAGUUAGUCCAAGCACCGAUAAAGAUGAGAUCCCAGGUACAGUAGUGGCAAUGGAGACUUCUGCACGACCUUGUCUCAACCCUGCCAACAUCAAGCCAUUGGCCGCAGUCUUUGUUCCUCGCUCUGGCCAGCCACCUGUUCUCUAUUCACAUUUGCCGCUUCUUACCAAAGCCGCAUCUCUCGCUGUGCCUUCAUCACCAUCAACAAGGAUUAUAUCACUCCCAGAAGGAACCGAAGCCCAAUUGAAGACCGUUUUAGGUAUUCCGCGAGUUGGAAUGGUCGGCCUGAUAGACGGUGCACCAGACGCCUCGUCGUUGAUCGAACUCAUCAGACAGAACGUACCAGAAUUGGAGGUACCAUGGUUUCGAGAAGCGGUCAAAGGAGCAUACUUGGCCGUCAAGAUCAACACGGUUCGGACUGGCGCGCCACUCAAUCCAAAACGAGGGGCACGUUCGUCAAUAUUGGCAAUGGCGCCUGAUGAUGGAAUGUGGUAUGACAAGCGCCGCUAG